GAGGCGCCUUUCCCAACGUAAAGUACAAUUUUAAAAUUUAAGCUCGCGACUAAAAGAAUGAUCCUCAGUCAAGUGCUGGGGAAUCUGGGCGCCCCAGCGCCUGCGGAGGGUGCAGCCGGGUGUGGGCACGGACAGGGGGAGUGGGCGAAGCUGCUGGUUGGUGCCUGAAAUCUGUGCGUUGCCCCUUUAAUUGUGUCCUCAGCCCUCGGGCGUUUCUGCCCAACGCCCACGUCAGCAAAUACCUUUUGUUUCUCCCGCGUUGGGGCUACUUGUUUUAGGGCGCACAGCCUCGGCUUCGGAAGGGGGUGCUUCCCCCACCGGGAACCGAGAAUUACUCCGCAGCGCGCACGAGCGGCCAGAGCCCCGCGCUCCUGUCUGGUGACCACUGGGCUCCCCUGCAGAAUGGAGAUCUCCUCUCAUCAGUCUUACCUCCUGCAGCAGCUAAACGAGCAGCGCAGGCAAGAUGUGUUUUGUGACUGCAGUAUCCUGGUUGAGGGGAAGGUCUUCAAAGCGCAUCGAAAUGUCUUGUUUGCUAGCAGUGGCUACUUUAAAAUGCUGCUUUCUCAGAGCUCAAAGGAGACCAGUCAGCCAGCUACAGCCACAUUUCAGGCCUUCUCCCCUGACACCUUCACAGUUAUCCUGGACUUCGUCUAUUCUGGCAAACUCUCUCUUACUGGACAGAAUGUUAUAGAGGUGAUGUCCGCCGCCAGCUUCCUUCAGAUGACUGAUGUCAUUAGUGUAUGUAAGACUUUCAUUAAAUCUUCCUUGGACAUUAGUGAGAAAGAAAAAGAUCGCUACUUCAGCCUCUCAGAUAAAGACACCAGCUCAAAUGGUGUAGAACGGCCCUCUUUUCAUAGUAGCGGCUGGCAAGAGGAAAGCUCGACUCCCCAUUCUCAUCUGAGCCCAGACCAAGCGCCGAGUAUAGUAAGUGGAAAGUUGUGGAACAAGUACAACUACCACGCAGCUUCCCAAAUGAAUACCCAACAACCAUUGGCCAAUGAGCCGAGGAAGGACGAUGUUAAAAAGAGCAAGCAUUUGAGAUUGUCACAGCCUUCUGACGUUGUUCAUCUUAAGUCUGGAAAAGGAGAAACUCAGACAUCCGAUUCCUCCAACAUUGUUUCCCAGCCUGAAGAGCAAGUACAGAUUGAUGCUGAAGUAGAUUCUGCUCCUCCUGCUGGCUACCAGUACGGCCAAGGGUCUGAUGUCACAUCCAGGAGCUUUCCAGAUGAUCUGCCCAGAUUGAGAUUCAAGUGUCCAUACUGCACACAUGUGGUAAAGCGGAAAGCAGACCUUAAACGCCACCUGCGCUGCCACACAGGAGAAAGGCCCUACCCGUGCCAAGCUUGUGGGAAACGAUUUAGCAGGCUAGACCAUCUGAGUAGCCACUUCCGAACAAUCCACCAGGCAUGCAAACUAAUCUGCAGGAAAUGCAAACGCCAUGUGACUGACCUCACAGGCCAGGUGGUGCAGGAAGGAACCAGGCGCUACAGACUGUGUAACGAGUGCCUUUCGGAAGCUGGCAUCGACAGCCUCCCUGUUGAUCUGGAAGCUGAACAACACUGCAUGUCCCCAGCAGAUGGAGCUAAGGAUUCCCGGUGGCAUCUGAGUGAGGAAGAGAAUAGAUCCUACGUGGAGAUUGUAGAGGAUGGGUCUGCAGAUCUGGUCAUAAAACAAGUUGAAGAUAGUGAGGAAGAGGAAGAAAAGGAAACCAAACCCAACAUUAGGUAGCCUGUAGUGUGACUCAUCAGAACUGGGCGUGCCUGCAGUUUACAUGGACAUCCUGUAUCUCUCCAUGGGCAGAGCCCGGUUAAUGGAUUUCUCCUGCUGGCUUAGAAGUGACCUAAUGUAAUUUGCAUGCUCUUUGAAUAGGUCACUCUGAACUUUGGUGCUGCUCUGGGAAGACAGACCUUGCUUGCAUUGGCAUGAUGGAUGAUCAGUUACCCUUUCUGUUAUUUCACAGAUGGCAUUUUCUUUAACUAUUGAACAAAUCUAUUUAGCAAACUUUUUCAGAGUAAAAUAUUUUAAAUAAAUCUAUCAUAAAACUUUAAGACGA